GCGAUGAUCGUGUCCAACGUGAGCUUGAGCGGCUGCGCGGGGGUCAACAGCCCUGUGUGUGCAGCGGCCGGGGAAGGGCACCUGGGGGGAGACACAUACCAGACCACCCUCACCCCGACAGGGAACCUGGUCGUGGCUGUGUGUCUGGGCUUCAUCGGCACUUUCGGACUAUUGAACAACCUGCUGGUGCUCACGCUCUUCUGCCGCUAUAAGAUGUUGCGCUCACCCAUCAAUCUGCUCCUGAUUAACAUUUCCAUCAGCGACCUGCUGGUGUGCGUACUGGGGACUCCGUUCAGCUUUGCUGCCAGCACGCAGGGAAGGUGGCUCAUAGGAGAAGGCGGAUGCAUGUGGUACGGCUUCGCCAACUCCCUCUUUGGCAUCGUCUCCCUUAUCUCCCUGGCUGUCCUCUCCUAUGAGCGCUACAGCACCAUGAUGGUGCCCACUGAGGCGGACUCCUCCAACUACCGGAAGAUCUCCCUGGGCAUCACCCUGUCCUGGGUCUACUCCCUCAUCUGGACCGUGCCGCCACUCUUUGGCUGGAGCAAAUAUGGCCUUGAGGGUCCCGGGACCACCUGCUCUGUCGACUGGACGGCCAAGACGGCGAAUAGCAUAUCUUACAUCAUAUGCCUGUUUAUCUUCUGCCUCAUCGCACCGUUCCUGGUGAUCGUGUUCUGCUAUGGGAAGCUGCUGUGCGCCAUCAGACAGGUGAGUGGCAUCAACACAUCGAUGAGCAGGAAGCGUGAGCAACGCGUGUUGUUCAUGGUGGUGGUCAUGGUGAUCUGCUACCUGUUGUGCUGGCUGCCUUACGGCAUCAUGGCCCUGCUGGCCACCUUCGGGCCGCCGGGCCUGGUCACGCCCGUGGCGAGCAUCAUCCCCUCGCUCCUGGCUAAGACGAGCACAGUCAUCAACCCAGUCAUCUAUGUCUUCAUGAAUAAACAGUUUUACAGAUGCUUCCGAGCCCUGCUGCAUUGUGAGGUUCCUCGACGAGGCUCCAGCAUAAAGAGCUCCUCGAAGAUCACCACCAAGGCCAUGAGGGGGAUAGCAAUCACUAGUCCGCGCCACAUCAACGACUUCCUUUUUUUGGUAGCCUCCCUGGGUCAACCGGCUGCCUCCAUGCCCCAACUGGGCCCCUAUGUGGAACCAACCCUUGAUAUCACCAAAGGCCCCUCUUCAGACAACAAACCUGUCGACGUAUCGAUUGCUGAUGAUUGGCUAUAACCAUGAAAUCUGAAAGUACCAAGCCAGGAAGUCAUGAAUACUGAGAGGUAGUGUUGCAGAGGCAUGGACCGCAGGGAUUUAAGUGGAUUUAACGUGGCUGUUGCUUCAGCUUUAAAAUGGCUAGUAGACAUGAUCGACUGGUAACAAAGGAACGUCUGGGAAGCCCUCUGGACAAUAUAAACCGGCAGAAGCUGGAAGUUUGUGUUUCUUUGCAGAGAAAAAGUAUAUAUAUUAGUCUUUCUAGGAAUGGGCAUUCAAAUGAUUUUCUUAUGACGAUGGAGAAAGAACUGUCAGACUGUUAUGAUAAGAGAAGAGGAAUUGUAGGGAUCAAUAAUUUUUUGCAAUAUCUAAUGUUUGGUAAAGUAUUCACUUUGAUAUGACAGAAAUGUGCUCAGAGUUCAGGAGGGAUAAGAUGUAUUUUUGUAUGGUUUGGUUACCGACUGUGGCACUGGUUACAAAGAUUAGAUUAACACACAAGUUGUUUAUUACUGCAAACAUUUUGAAGUCUUUUUCUAGACUAGACAAUAUAAAAAAAAUAAAGAUUAGAGUAAUGCACUGGUAAUGAUUUUAAAGUAUCAGUCUUUUUAGCUUUUAUUCUCUGCAUUGAAUUCAUCACUCGUCACUUUGAAAUGCAAAAGUACUUUUCAAUUAGGUGGAUUGUUGGAAGUAGCAUGGAUAGCAUGCUAAAGGCAUUAAAGUUGUCAGGAAUAGUGACCUAGGCAAAGUGAAAUAAGUGCAUGUUGGAGAGUUACUGUAUAGGUCCUCCAAUAAUUAUGUGCAUGUGCACUGUAAGUAUGCAAGGUUGUAGAAAUAGUGUCUGGUAAUGUUCACUGGAUAACACUGAUACUUGGUAUCGGCAGAAGUCCUCUCUGGACGGAUAUGUUCACGUGUACUUACGACUACGAAUUCUGGUUUUUGUUAUCUAUGCUGGACCCAAACCCAAAGCGCAGGAUGUACUAUGUGUUGAAGAACCGAUGUCAUAGGCCCUUUAACAAUGAUCAGCAGUUCAGUGCCUUGCUCAUAGGCACAUAGUCAGCAGUAUAUGUGGACAGGCUCUACUCAGAAUUUCCACAGUAGUCAAACUAUUUGCUUCCACAAAAGUCAGCCUACUGUGUUUAACAGGCUUUGAAUUAUUGGUGUCAAAGAAAAUCCUGACAAGAAACAGAAAUGACUUUCUAGCGUUUCACGUAACAUUACAAGGACUUUACUCGAGGCGACAGAUGGAAUAAUCUGUUCUGUAUAUAUUGUUUGCCUAUGCUUGCCUGUAUUUUGUUCAAUUUUUUGAUUAACUGAUUUGAAACUUUUCUCUUCUUGCAAUACAAAGAUAACUGGAGUUUUUCUAAAGCAGUUUAUCAAUGCUGUGCUGUCAGUGAAUGUCUAAGCUAUAUGUGGUGUGGUACUUUUCGCUACUGCAUAGGAUUAGUGUAUGUGUUUUUUUUGUAAUUCUCUUUUAGCACACUGUUUUCUAUGUGCUGUGAAUAUCUUGUAUACAUUAAUGUAAAUGAGUUGAUACCAAAGCUACAGAAAUUGUAAUUUUUUUUGAGGGGAGCUGUUCAAUAAAGUUUUUUUUUUUUA